AUGGCGGCGCGGAUUGUGCUAGUUGUUUCUUUAGCUUCAGUGGCUUUUGCUAGUUUCCUCGAGGUGGACUACCCAAAUGUGAACGUCUCUGCAGAAAGGAAAGGAGAUGCCAUAUUCGAGGCUGGAGCAGGGGGAAGCGUAUUCCUACGUCCCGGCGCAGGCGGCACCGUCUACAUAGACAAGACGGACCUCCGGAAGUUCAUUGAGAAAGUGAAGUCGCUUCCCCCGAUCUGGACGCGACGCUCGGAGCACGACACACUGGGCACGUUCCUCUCUGGCCAGUACUUUGACGUCGACGUCGAGGCCGUGGAUCCAGACGGUGGUAACAUCAUGUACAGCCUAAUAUCCGGUCACCUUCCACCGGGUACCAGCCUCAACAUGACGACGGGCCACGUGAUCGGUGUGGCGCCUGACAUUGACGCCACGUACACGUUCGGUAUCCGAGCAACAGACAUCCACGGAAAAUACGCUGAUGGGGUGUUUAGUAUAAGUAUAAGAGAGAAGGACCAGUGUAGCAGCAUGCCAUGUAUGAAUGGAGGGACGUGUGUGGAUCAAAUUGGAGACUUUAACUGUACGUGUCCACUUGGCUACGGGGACACCACGUGUCAGACACAAUGCGAGAUUAACGCGUUCGGAGUGGCCAACAACGUAAUGAAGAUCCCUGACGCCCAGAUAUCGGGUCACCUGACGUUGGGGACGGCACUUCCCUGGGAGGGGCGGUUAAGCUCCACUACUGGCUGGAUUGGAAACGAUACGGGCUCAUGGCUUCAGAUUGAUCUAGGAGAGGUACGGCACAUGUUCGCCGUGGCGACCCAGGGCUACCAUUCCUCCACUUACUACACCUCGUCAUUCAAGGUCGCCUACAGCCAGGAUGGCAAUAAAUUUGUGUAUGCCCAGAGCAAGAACUCAGAGUUCUUCAAGGGCUCGGCCAAUUACGACAUGGUACAGAAAUUCGUCCUAGACCGGCCCGUCCGUACGAGGUUUGUGCGCUUCUUGCCGGAGCUCUGGCACAAUGGCGGACAUCCGGGCUUGCGCGUGGAGAUAUACGGAUGUGACGUUUAAUCGGAAAUAGUGUCAUAACUUACGGAUGUGCUGAAUAACCGGAAAUAGCGUCAUAACUUACGGAAAUGCCAAGUGACCGAGAAUUACGCCAAACUUUUAAAUAGAAACUUUGUUUCAAACAUCUCUUUUAUAUACUUUGUAUGGAUCAGAUUAAAAAGCCAUUGAAAUUCA